UAUCUACACGGACAACAAUAGCGAAAGGAAUUCACCGCACUUCCGUUGCCCAUGACACCGGAGCGAAGUUCUGACAGCUGAUUCUCAAAUCAGUUUCUAUCCUCUCGGAGCCUCCAAAUCACCAUUUUGAGUUUUUUCAGAGUCGGACGUGGCUGAAAUUGUCUCCACCUGGAGUUGCAGACGUCGCCUUGACCAGAGGAGGACAGCUGAUUAUGGUGUAGCACAGAGCGCUAGCUCUGAGACAGCAGGCAUUUGAGCAGCAGUGCAGUGCAGCACAGCGCGGCGUGGGGCAGAUAGAGGCAUAUCACAACGUAGCCAUGCUCACAUUGGCCAGCAAGUUGAAGAAGGAUGAUGGAGGAAAGACAGGCCGUGCCUCCGGAGCCUCAGACUCCUCCCAUAGGGUCUCCAUCAGGGACCGCCUCCUAACCAAAGAAGUUGCAGAACUUGAAGCCAAUCUCCCUAGUACAUGCAAAGCCAGUUUCCCAGAUGAGGAUAAGCUACAUCAUUUUCAGCUGGCCGUGUCUCCUGAUGAGGGUUACUACCAAAGCGGAAGGUUUCAGUUUGAAAUAGAUGUCCCUGAAGCCUAUAACAUGGUGCCUCCUAAAGUGAGAUGUCUGACCAGAAUAUGGCAUCCUAAUAUCACAGAGAACGGAGAGAUCUGUUUAAGCUUAUUGCGGGAACACUCUAUUGACGGCACAGGCUGGGCCCCCACUAGAACAUUGAAGGAUGUUGUUUGGGGAUUGAACUCCUUGUUUACUGACCUGUUGAACUUUGAUGAUCCACUGAACAUCGAUGCAGCAGAACAUCAUCUGAGAGACAAGGAGGAUUUUCGGAAUAAGGUUCAAGAUUACAUCAAGCACUACGCCAGAUGAUAGAAGCAUUGGCUACCUGCAACAGCCUGCACCAACCAACCAAACUGCUCUACCUUGCCUCUGCUUAUCUUGGCCAACUCCCCCCACCAUGUGUGAAUCAGCAGCUGACUCUCUGACUCGACCACCCCCCUCCUAUUGACACGACAGCCCUGGCUAUGCCCCCUUCUGUUCAUCCAGUUGCAAUAAACUCCACAUUGCAGGAAUGAGUUUAAAAAAAAAAAAAAAGUUUAACGAGGGACUUGCAUAAAAAAGAAAAAUAUGCUUUAAUUAUCCUAAUCGAUUGAGUGUUACAUCGACCGCAAUGUCUGUCCAUUGUGGCGAGAUCAGUGAAUGACGCCACCGUUGCUGAGGUGUCCAUGAACCUGCUGAAGGUGAGCCAUGGCAACGAAUGGCAAAGGAUGCGGUGUUUCACUGGAGAAGACGAUAAGUCACACUUAGCUGUUUUCCAAUUUGAUGAAUCAAGAGAAAGAAUAUCUGUUACUAUGAGUUCUGUUUCAGUGCCUGCCAUGUUUGUGUCGCUAACGAGAAAAUGCAUGCGAGUUCACAAAUGUACACAAACACGAUGUCACAUCACGUAGUAAAAGGUCAACACACACGCUCACUCACACAGGAUUCUGACUCUGGGACACUCGAGUUGGAAGAUCCUGCAGCCCCAUUAGACAGCAUGUGAAUGACCACAUUGUCCCGUUUUGUCGUCAUUCUGCUUGCAUGUGUACAUUAACAAACACACAAACGACUGACAUACAGACAGUCUGUGUAUUUUCAGCUCCGGUGACAUAAAAUACUGCCACUUAAUCUACAGCCAAAUGUAUUGUUCUGUUUUCAGCACCACCUCUCUUCUGCCCGACCACUCUCCUCACUCUCUUUUCUGUCUUUCCUCCGUCUGUCACUGUUUCACACACCUAUGACCACAUGUUUUCUAUCAAGGAUGGAGAGGUUUUUUUGGACUUACAGUGCAAUCAAAAAGCACUCUGACACAGUAUUGGAAUGUUGGCUCUGUACUAAAAUGCACUGGGUUUAAGAUGAAACACUGAUCUGUUUAAAGGACUGAUUUAGUUCAUCUUACAUCCACAUAACAAAUAUAUAGUGGAAGGCAUGUAGCUUCUGUUUGCACAUAGCCCCAUAUUGUUAAACAGCGAAAUGUAAUUGAACAUGUGAACUUGAACUUAAAGCUGCUAUAUUUAACAUUUUUAUCGUAACAGUGCAUCAAAUACAGCUAGUGACUAGCUGGUGAACAUAGUGAAGCCUUCAGCAACAUAAGAGCAAGACAAAAGUAGGUAGAGGGAGACCCAAAACAACUGAAAGAUAAAAAAGAGUCAAUUCACCUGGUCAACAAAAACAACUGCAAAUGAAUGAUGAUGGUGCUUUGCAACAGCAGGAUGUGUAGACACUGAGCAGAUUACUGUGAGCAUAGGACAAUAGGGAAUGUGCAGAUCAAUGAUGUCCCUGUCUCUUUUUCCACUUACCUCUCCCCACUCGCUGCAACUUGAGCACAGCAGCUCACCUACAUAAAGACUGCUACCGAGCUACACAGUGUCAAGUUAUAAUGUUGGGAUACUUGGGCCAUUCAUGUUUGAACCUUACGCUGAUUCUAAAGAAUAAUAACGAUACAGAAGGUCUCAAUCUGCAAGUUGACAGAAUCGAGCCCUUGGGCUUGUAGGUCUCAAAUGUUUGAAUCUAAUUUUCAGACUAUCAUCAAUACACUGCAGCUUCAAGGUGGAAACGCUCAACUAGUGCCUUGACUGCUUCUUUAGCUCAAAUUGUGUCUCUCAUCAUAUGUACUUGGUAAAAAAAAAAAACUUUUAAAAUUCGAAAGUCAGCACUUUAACCUCAGUUGUUUUAUUUAUUUUUAUUGUGCGUUGUACAGAGCCAAACCCAUAAGAGACAUUUUACUGCUUCAGACUUUGUGACCGCACUGUAUUCUGUUAUUCUGGUAACUGUGGGAGAUUUCUCAAAUUAACAUGUAGAGUGUGUCUUUCUGAAGGACGCUACUCCAGUCUUUCUUUCUUGGUGUGUGUGGACUGUAUGAUUUCACUCCCUGAAUGUGUGUUGAAAAGACAACAGCAGAAGUUCAUAAAGACAGAUAGUUGGCUAACUUGUUAGGGAGUAGGUUAGUAAGCUAACAUGCAAGCUAACAUGUUGGCUCACUAGAUCAGGUCACAGUCAAAUUUAUUUAUUUUCACAACACUCGAAAUGUUGAAGUUGGCAUUAAUUAAGGCACUUUACAUGCAGUUGACCAAACACAGGAUGGUAAAAAUGGAUUUAGACCCCUCUGCACAAAUCCACAUGUAGGCGAAACUUUGUCCACAUAGACUGACUGCUACAAAGGACAAUAGUGUCGAUGCUUGCCGUAGUAUAUCUAUGUCAGACAGAGAUAGGAAAGUACUGUGCACGUAUGCAGCCAAGUCUUCCAAGGAGGCUCCAUGGACUAGAAAAGCAGCAUUCAGCAACAAAUGAAGUGUCCAGAGCUGCCCAUGUGCCCAUCCACAAUGGAGUAUAAUCAAGUCUUACUGCAUGCCAACAUAUGGAAUGAAACAAUAUGUGUGUGGUAGAUAAAAUGAGACAAAAAAAAUGACACAAUAAAUAAAUAUAUAAUAAACUAAACGGUGAUGUUUAGAAAAAUACAAGAAAAUUAGAAACCGUGAUUCACUUGGUAGGCAGGUGGAAGGUUUGCUUGUUGAUUAGCUUGUUAGCUGCAAUGCUUGUUAGCUGGUUCACUUAAAUAUCCAUUGCUUAUUCAACAGGGCAGAUAAAGAGGUUCUCUCCACUGUGAGGUGACGCUGGGAAUCCUGGUCUUAACUAGAUGAUGUCAAACUGUCUGCAUGAGCCUCUGCUGCUGUGAAUUUAAUGAUUGUCCAUUUUGUGUGUGUGUCAGAGAGACUGUGUCGCUGAGUUAGCCAGUGAUGGAGCAGAGUGCAUAAGUUGCUCUGCCCUGGUUAACGCCGUGCCUCGUGUCUGAGUCGUAUCUCUGAACAUCGACUGUUUUCACUCCAUUCAGCUUUGUGUUCACACGUCUGCAUGAGGUCUAUGUGAUCUGCCAGUGGUGCAUUUUAGUAAGGAUGUAGAAAUAUAGUCGAUGAAGAUUCAACAUUUGUGUUCGAAGCGUGUGUGUGUAAGUGUCUGAGUGUGCAAAUGGACAUUUUGUGCUUGUGGAGCGUUUGCGUAUGUGUGCGUGAGCGCAUGUGUGUGUGGGCAGUUAUGGUAUGACUGCGGAGACGAUGUGACUUGUUAGCAUGCUCUGGUUUCCUCUUGCCCAUCUUUCUUUUUCUGAUUCUGGCCCAGGUUUCAGCUGCUCAAAUUAGUUUAAUUUUGCAAGUGAAAGUAAACAACAGAUGACACUGGCCUCUGCCAAAAAAUAAAGGACCUGAGAGAAUAAUGAAUGCAGGUCUAUUGACAGCCAAUGUGAAUAUGAGUGUUCCACAACAUUUCUCAGUUCGUUUUAGGUCCACUCAAACCUUGAAGGCUAAUGUAACUGCCUAAUAAUACAAAGCCAUCCUGUGUAGCUGCCAUGACAGUCAGUUGUCACGGUAGUGUUUGCCUCCAGGAUAUGAUAGCCCGGCACUCUGUACUUCAUCUUAGCCUUACUAAUGCUCUGACUUUAGCUUCCUGAUGGAGACCUUGUCGUUACAACCUUUAGUUUGGCAGUUAGCAGUGCUUUUUUCCCAGGAUGUUUUUGGGAAAUGUCUCUGCUUGGGUUUAACUCCAUCUUUGGGCCAGAGGGAGAAGAUCAACAGCCUGCUCUUCUUCAGAUCCUCAACCUUUUCGUUCUGAGAUUGUAUAUCCAUUUUUUUAAGAUAUAUUAAAGAGAAUAUAAAUCAAA